AGGGAAAGCUAAACUGCCAUUAGUGGGCGAAAUCGCAAAAGCCGUACCCACCGACGCUUUCACCAAACAAGGCCUAAGGUUCCUUGACAGACUGAAAAGGGAAUCCAAUUAAUUAUGAAUUAAUUAUAAUAAUUAGAAAAAAAAGCGUGCAUGGUUAUAGAAUGUAUAGUUGGCGCGUAUAUAAACAAGGAUGAUGACGAGCGGUGGCCAACACCAUCGUAACACCUCACGUACUGGACCGUUGGGUUGUUCUUCGAGACCCUCUCUGACUCGCCGGGUUGACUCGCUCGAGUUUGGGGGUUUCUGAUUCACCCGGGGACGGAUCUCAAUUUUGUCUCAGUUAACAGGGUCUUACAUCUUAAGCUUCUUUGACAGACUGUUCUUUCUAAUUUAAGUUACCAUCUUUAGCUGCAUUCGUGUCACGCUCCUUUGAAUGCCCGUCACCUCAGGAAAAGCAAAGGGCAUCAUAUUACUAUGAAGGCACUAAUUCUUGUUGGAGGGUUUGGAACAAGGUUGAGGCCAUUGACACUCAGUGUUCCCAAGCCUCUUGUUGAUUUUGCUAACAAGCCCAUGAUUCUGCAUCAGAUAGAAGCUCUCAAGGCCAUUGGCGUCAAUGAAGUGGUACUAGCUAUCAAUUACCAACCAGAGGUCAUGUUGAAUUUCUUGAAGGAGUUUGAGGCAAAACUUGGUAUCAAAAUCACUUGUUCUCAAGAAACUGAACCGCUAGGUACUGCAGGCCCCUUGGCUCUUGCGAGGGAUAAGCUAAUAGAUGACUCUGGAGAGCCAUUUUUUGUUCUCAACAGUGAUGUUAUCAGUGAGUACCCACUUAAAGAAAUGAUUGAAUUCCACAAAACCCAUGGAGGAGAGGCUACCAUAAUGGUGACAAAGGUCGAUGAGCCAUCAAAAUAUGGUGUGGUUGUGAUGGAGGAGACUACCGGGCAGGUUGAGAGAUUUGUAGAGAAACCAAAGUUGUUUGUUGGCAACAAAAUCAAUGCUGGAAUCUACCUAUUGAACCCCUCAGUUUUGGAUCGAAUUGAACUGAGGCCCACUUCUAUCGAGAAAGAGGUGUUUCCAAAGAUUGCAGCAGAGAAAAAGCUAUAUGCAAUGGUCCUGCCAGGAUUCUGGAUGGACAUUGGACAACCAAAGGACUAUAUUUCUGGCCUGACACUUUACCUGGACUCGCUGAGGAAAAAGUCUCCUUCUAAACUGGCCAGUGGUCCUCACUUUGUGGGGAAUGUCAUUGUGCAUGAAACUGCCACUAUUGGCGAGGGAUGUCUCGUUGGACCUGAUGUUGCAAUCGGUCCUGGCUGUGUUGUUGAGUCAGGUGUCAGGCUUUCACGCUGCACAGUUAUGCGAGGAGUUCGGAUUAAAAAGCAUACUUGCAUAUCCAACAGUAUCAUUGGGUGGCAUUCCACUGUUGGGCAAUGGGCCCGUGUGGAGAAUAUGACUAUCCUUGGAGAAGAUGUCCAUGUUUGUGAUGAAGUUUAUAGCAAUGGUGGUGUAGUUUUGCCCCACAAGGAGAUCAAGUCAAACAUUCUAAAGCCAGAGAUUGUCAUGUGAGGUUACUGUCUUAAAUUCAUAGCAUGUGAUUAGGAAGAUCUAAGUUUGUGUCUGAAAUGUGUUUGUUUGUUUCAUUUGUUUUUCCUUUUUUUCCGCAUCCCAAUCCGUUUCUCUUUGUUACGUAUUGUACAAGUCAAUUUCGUUUAGUUUAGAAUGAGUGAUGCCAUAAUUUACAAUGUUGAAAGGUCUGUGUCUUUGUAAAGGGUAUAAAGUUGGUUUACUGUUCCUAAGUUGUGUAAUAUAUUCAGUGUUGUUUAUCUCUUUUU